UCGCUUCCCUGAGAAGCCACAGAAAGCGCCGGGCGGGGCUGCCGGCUUCGUAGCAGGCGGAGCCGAACCCGAGAAGGCUCCCGCGGGGCAACGGAGGAGAGAUCGAGAGAGUAAUUUAAUUCGAUCCGUUGGCUUCCUUCUUGACGUUGCCUCUUCACUUUCUUCUUUGUAUUGCUCCACGGUCCACCAUGUUCGAUCCACUUCAAUGCCAAGUCUUUUACCUUCUGCGUAAUUCUCUAUAAAUACUGUUCCUACCUGUGAUGGCAUCGUCACUACGACCUUUGUGCACGGCGGCCCUGCGUGCUUCUCUCGUCUUCUAGCCUUCCCCUCGAUGACCGCCAACGCCCCUGCAAUACCUCCCUUACUCGCAGGACAAUCGAGGUCCAGUGAUGAUGAUGGUGUAUCUUCCGCAAGCUAUGAGUUUCCAAAGGAGUGGCAGGACGGACAUGCACCAAGUUGUUCCAACAGCGACAUGAGUCUGCGAUCGGAUUCCGUGGACCGUGGACGAAGCAAAGAAACGGAGGCCAAGGGAUUUGCCCAGAGGACCAAAGGCUAUAUUGUUUCUCCUGUGGGGCUUGUGCUGUUGCAAGAUAGGUUGGGAUUCGGUUAUGAGAAUGAGUGUUGAUCUGCGAGACCUAUUUCUCUACGAGGCUUUCUUAUACUAUAAUCCUCUUCUUCUUGUGGCACUUAUGAUUUGGUUAUGGGGAGUAAAUUUGUGGGUCUUUGCACAAUCUUCAGUGAAUUAUGUAAAAGUGUUUGAUCUUGCGCAAACACAUCUAUCACACAGAGAAAUGUGGAGGUGUGCUACUUGGCUUACUUUAAUUGUUCCCACCAGUAUGACAGCCUACCUAUAUCUGUACUCUCAUGGGGAAGUGUCGCUUGCUGCAUCUCAACCAGUUCUUUUGUAUGCUAUCCUUCUGAUGAUCCUCCUUUCUCCUUUUGAUAUGUUUUACUUAUCGUCACGCUUUUACUUUCUGAGGACGGUGUGGCGUAUAAUACUUCCAUUACAAGCAAUUACAUUCCCUGACUUCUUUUUGGCUGAUAUUUUUACAUCCAUGUCAAAGGUGUUCUCAGAUUUGGAACGUUCAGUUUGUCGCAUGGUCAAUCGUCAGGUCGCAACAAUCGCGUGGUUUGAAGCCGAUUCAAUUUGUGGCAGCCACUCCAUAGCUAUUCCUCUAGUUCUUGUACUCCCUUAUUUGUGCCGUUUCUUCCAGUGUCUUCGACAGUACAAGGAUACAAAAGAGAAGACUUGUCUUCUGAAUGCCCUCAAAUACUCGACAGCAGUCCCGGUGAUUUUCUUAUCGGCUCUCAAGUAUCAUGUAUUCCCUGAGCAGUGGGUUAGCUUUUACCGGCCCCUCUGGCUUAUUUCAGCUGUUAUAAAUUCACUGUAUUCCUUCUACUGGGAUAUAAAGCGCGAUUGGGACUUGAGUGUUUUAACCAGGAUUUUCAUGUUCAAAAGUCCAAGUACAUGGACUAAUCUUCUUUAUGGGCGGACCUGGGUGUAUUACUGGGUGUUAGGCAGCAAUCUCGUCCUCCGCUGUACAUGGACAUACAAGCUUUCAGCGCAUCUGCGGCACAACUACCUGACAGUGUUUGUGAUAACAGCUUUGGAAAUGGUGAGGCGGUUUCAAUGGGUCUUUUUCCGUGUCGAGAAUGAGUGGAACAAGAUGACAGCCAAGCAAAAUUUUGAAAUGUCGUCUGAUAUGCCUUCAGAAGGAGACAGGCUACUGGAGUCUAGUAGUCACACAAGCUCAGAAGGUGAAGGAUAUACAUGAUAGGAUUGUAGAGAAGAUGAAAUUAUCUUACCCUACAUAUGUGAUCCUCUUGAGAGGUUGUUUCUUGACACAUGAAAGAACGGAAGUAAUACUGGAAAUUUAAAAAAUCUUACAUAUUUAUUUGUUUGCGCA